GAAAUAGCAGCGGUGGCGGUUCCGCCAGCGGGCGCCGCGAGGGAAAGGCGGAGACUGGAGGACGCUGGCUCGGCGUGGGCGCGGCGCGGCCCGGGCCCCGGAGGAUGCUGAGCCCCUGCCCGGACCGGCCCCAAGCACAUGAUGGCGAUACGGGAGCUCAAAGUGUGUCUUCUCGGGGAUACUGGGGUUGGGAAGUCAAGCAUUGUGUGUCGAUUUGUCCAGGAUCACUUUGACCACAACAUCAGCCCGACCAUUGGGGCAUCUUUUAUGACCAAAACUGUGCCUUGUGGAAAUGAACUUCAUAAGUUCCUUAUCUGGGACACUGCUGGUCAGGAACGGUUUCAUUCAUUGGCUCCCAUGUACUACCGUGGAUCUGCUGCAGCUGUCAUAGUGUAUGAUAUUACCAAACAGGACUCAUUCCAUACCUUGAAGAAAUGGGUGAAGGAACUGAAAGAACAUGGUCCAGAAAACAUUGUAAUGGCUAUCGCUGGAAACAAAUGUGAUCUCUCAGAUAUUAGGGAAGUUCCCUUGAAGGAUGCGAAGGAAUAUGCUGAAUCCAUAGGUGCCAUCGUGGUUGAAACAAGUGCAAAAAAUGCUAUUAAUAUUGAAGAGCUCUUUCAAGGAAUCAGUCGCCAAAUCCCACCCUUGGACCCCCAUGAGAAUGGAAAUAAUGGAGCAAUCAAACUUGGAAAGCCCACCAUGUCAUCCAACCGGCGGUGCUGCUGACCGGGGCCCACGGCCCACUGUACUUGAAGAAGCCAGAGCCACCUCCCUGUGCACUGCUGAGGGACCCCACUUCUCGGUGGCCUGGCACCUCACUUAGAGAGAAGUAAGCACGCUGGCUUGGCAUCCUGGAAGACCUGCAGGGAACAGGGCAGGAAAUGUCCCUGGAAAAGGAUUUGAGAAAAUUCUGGAAAAAUUCUCCACCUAGUCUUUCUUGCUUGAAAUCCCACAUGGAAGAGAAUGGAUGUUAGAUAAGACAUAUAAUUGAUUUUUGUUAAAAACCUUAAAAUAUUCUCAAUGUGUACAAAAAUCUUACUGAUUUAUUACGUGUGUGAGAUUCUAAAAGUGGUGUUCCACUCUGAUGUCCUGUGUUCCCUGGCCAGACUCAAGUAACUUCUUCAGUGCCAUUGCCUUUGUUACCUAACCAGCCUUCACCCGUAGGUUAACUUAUUUAAUUUACCAUUCAGUGGAGUAUAAUUGAAUGAUCACUCAAGCUGUAGACUUGAGCUGUUACAAAAGUGGAGAAAGAUAUAUUAGAAACUGUUGUUUACAUCUGUGACUUUUACUUGAUGAAUAAUUUUUCUAAGUUUUAGUCACAUAUAAACAAACAAAUCAAAUCUGAGUAAAAUUAUUGCAUGUAAUUUUGGGAUUGGGAGGCCUGGUUUGGAAGAGUCAUUUAAGUAGUUACUGUGUAAGCAGUGACAGAUUGAGGAUGUAAAUACUGCUCCAGAGACCGCUUGGUGUACAUCACCUCUAUGACAAUGAAUUCCUGCUCUCUUAGAGAGGUUUAAUUCACAGAGUAUUAUUUUACUAAUGGAAUAUGUCAGUGUCAUAUCUUGGGGUGACAAUUAACUGCAGGACAUUGGAGUCUAUAAAAUAAGGCAGACUUCUCAUAAUACCAAUUAAUACAGGAAAGCCAGCCAAGGGAAGUACCAGCAUCUUAAGAUUGUAGGCCCCAAUUGCAAAAUUGGAGAAAGCAUUUUAGAAGAUGCCAAGCUUGAGGAGGUAGAUAUUAGGGCUUAAGAAGGGUCCAACACUGGAAUGUGAAUUAACUGAGAAUAGGCUUUGAUAUAAACCUUCCUUUUCAGAUUCCUUAUCUGCUCAAUUAACUAGAGCUGUCUGAGUCGAAAGGCAGAAAAGAGAGAAAAGGCAUGAAAAAGAAGAAAAGCUAUUUCCAUUCCAAAUUCAAAUUCUGUUACCAUUAUAACUUUUGUAAAAACCUGGGAUCAAGAAGCAGUUGGUUUCCUAUUAGGGCUUAUACUGGGAGGUGGUUGUUAAAAGAUACUCAGAUCAGGGCCUUUUGUGGGAGCUGAGAAACUAAAAACAAUAGCCUCAGAAAUAGUUAACCAUGCAGCAGGGUCCAGCCUGUAUACCUUCUUUGACGUGAAUGUUCAAGGGCCAGCAAACAUUUAUUGAGAACCUGCAGUAUAAAAGACAGGAGAGGUCAUGAGUUGAUUAAAGACCUGGAACUUUGAGUAAUUCAGUGUGAGCUGCUGCUUCACAGACCUGUCAUGUCUGUGUCUUCUGUGCUCUGACACAUAGAGACACUGAGUGCCACCAUUGACAAAGAGGAGGAGUUUGAGAGACCAGGGCCAAGUUUACACUUCCCUAUGUGGAUGAUAAUCAAGACAACAGGUAGAAAUCACAGAUUAAGAAUUUUUCUUUAACCCAAGAAUAUGCUAUUUGAUGUUCUUCACUCAACUUUUAACAGUAGUUUAACAAUCUUAGAAUGUGAAGGCUGGAAACACUUACUUUUUGAUUCAAAAGUGCCUCUUAGCUCUCCUAGUCAGGUACCUCAAAAAAUGUUAGCAAGUGGCAUUUGAAUGAGUUGGCAGGGCCUUUGCAGGGUUUUUAAGGUUUUUCUCCGCAUUAUCAAUGUUACUGGUUAACAUGAUUCUGCUUGCAGGCCAAGCAAUUAUCAUGCCUGUUUGCAAAGUUAAAAAAUUUGGAAUGAAAAUCGAAAUGACCUCCUUUCAAGUUGCAUGCAGGCCUAUUUUGGGACCUUCUCUCAUUCACUUGUACCUGACAACCUGGCUUUAUCUAUAGACAGCCUCAGGUUGCCUAGCUAAGGCGGUACGCGUCUCAGUGGAGUUGUGUGGCUUUGGACUGGGUCUGUAGUGGUUGUGUUUUGCAUAAAAUGGCUGGGCUCAUCCUCAUGUAGCAGGCUACCCACGAACGGGGUCAGUUUUAUUUUAGAGGCACAUGAGGGUGUGAAACCACUCCUUCACUUCUUUACUGCUUUAACUAUUCAAGCCAGUCAUGUGACAAUGUACAUAUAUAAUCACUACUUGGAGCAAUUGGUGAAGAAAGUAGUGGCACUUGGCACAGAGCCUUCACAUAAACGUGGUGUCAUCUCUAAAGAUAGAUGCUCAAGCUUUGUCCAGGCUUUCUUUUCUUCUUUAAUUCUGCCUUAUGAUUACUUUCUGGCUGUUUAAUAAUUGAACUAUAAUCAAGUAAUAUUACGUAAAGGCCUGGAAAUUACUGUUGCUCCAAAAUGACAAGUAGUUUCAUGUGAUGUAACGUUCUUCACAUAAGUUCCCAAAAUGUGCUCCUUUUUCUCUGUUUUUUUUCCCUUUCAUGUGUGGUAUAAUGUGUAUAUGUGUAAAUAUGAUUUCAUAUUUGUUAUGCCAACAUAUAAUCCAUUUCGCUGGCUGAGUUUGGCUCACGAUUGUGUGUUAUAUAAGGUAGGCAUGGGUUCUCGUUGGGGUUAUUUCCCAGUGGAAAACAGUGGAGUCAUACUAGUAUUUUAUGUAGGUAUGUAAUUGACUUGCCAUUUCAUGGUUGAAAAUGGUACACCAGGAUGCUGAAUAUGACGUUACCUUGAGGACUGUAGAAGGUUGAAGACUUAAAACUAACCCUUAGGCAACAAAAGGGCUGUGCCCCAAAAAGAACUAAAUACAUUUUUUGAGGAAUAUGGCAUGUAAUGACUGCAUUGAGCUAGCUUAUAAAUGAAAGGGUUCUGAGCUGUAUUUAGACUUGUUAAGUAUCUUAGUUUAUUCUUUUAACCAUUGUUGUUGAGACCAGGCCCAGUGAUCCAAUGUCAGUGCUCUGUUGUGUCAACCCCUCCCUUUUCUCGUGUUUUUAUAAAGGGCUUCUGUCUGGGCUGGACCCAGUUCUCACAUAUAGAAGACAUUGCUGUAGACAAUUAGGACAUUUCCACCUUGUAUUCAUUCUAUAGUAAAGCAUUGCCCUCAACAUUG